GCCAUGUUGGUGAAUGAAAUUAGCUCCAAAACAUUGAAUAGCCGCUAGCAAUAUCGAUAUUUUUUUCCCCGUGAAAUAACAUUUGUUACAGCAUGUAACUUAUUGUAAAUAUGACUUAGGAUUUAUGAAACCUCUACAGAAGCCCCAUUCCCCAUUAUUGUGUAUAGACAUAGUAACAGUUUUACGCAAUGCACCAUGGAAGUGGAUCACAGAAUAUGCAACGACAGCUUCAGAGAUCCAAGCCUGCCAGUGGGGCUGAAGCAGAGGAGCAACAGCAGCCCACCAUGGCAGUCACGCAGCAGCAAGCUACAGCUAACCACCCUCAAUCUCCUGUGACCACAUUUUCCUCUGCUGCCAGCCCUUCAGCCCCCCAGUCGCCCAAUUAUCAGAUAAUCAUGAGUCGCAGCCCAGUCACCGGCCAGAACAUGAACAUCACAUUACAAAAUGUGGGACAGAUGGUGACUGGUAACCAGCAGAUCACUCUUACACCACUUCCCAUACAAAACCCAUCAUCCCCUGGCUUCCAGCAUGCUACACCUCAGUGGAGGUUUGAGCACGCUCCAUCCUCCUACAUCCAGGUCACCUCACCUGUGCCCCAACCCAUGCAGCCCCAAAGUCCCACCCAGCACAGCCCGGUCACAAGGCCAGGAGCACCUGCAACAGCAUUGGGUGUAUGUGGACAGAGUCCAACAAGAUUUGUUGAUGCUGGUAUGUUAGUGCGGCAAAUCAGCUUAAACAGUCCAUCGGGAAGUGGCCACUUUGUUUACCAGGAAGGUACAGGGCUGGCCCAGAUUGCCCCGGCCACACCUGGCCAGAUACAGCUGGCCUCUCCAGGAGCACCAGGCUCUGUGAGAGAGCGCCGGCUCUCUCAGCCUCACUCACAGACUGGAGGCACCAUCCACCACCACGGACCUCAAAGUCCUGUUGCCACCGGUACUUCUCUCUCGACUCUGGGCAGCCCUAAUCACAUCACCACGUCUAACCUACCUCCACAGAUCAGCAGUAUCAUUCAAGGACAGCUGGCCCGCCCUAUGAUAUUUGAGAAGACGUUGCAGGGUGUUGUUGCUGGAGUAGGAACCACAGCAUCAUUCACUAUUCCCUCCUCCAUUCCACCGUCUAACCAGUCCCUCACGAGUCCAACCCAAGGGAUCUCCAACAAUCCUCUUGCACCAAACAGCAUGACUGUGGCCACUAUGAGGAAGCAGGUUCCCAAGAAGUUGGAGGAAAUUGCUCCUUCUACUCCAGAGAUUUCCCAGCUAAGAAAACUAUGUUUGGAGCACCACACCAAGAAGAUGGACAGCCUGAAAGAAGUGUUCAAAGAAUACCUGAUUGAGCUUUUCUUUCUGCAGCACCUGCAAGGGAACAUGAUGGACUAUGUUGCUUUUAAGAAGAAGCCCUGUGUUCCCUUGUAUACUUACUUGAGACAGAACGAUUUGGACCUAGAAGAUGAAGAGGAAGAGGAAGAACAGUCUGAAGUCAUUAAUGAUGAGGUGAAGGUUGUUACUGGAAAGGAUGGCCAAGCAGUGACACCAGUUGCCAUAGCAACACAGCUUCCUGCUAAUGUUUCUGCAGCAUUCUCUGUCCAGCAGCAGUUUCAGGGACACCAGGUUUCUGGUGGUACCAUUACAAACCCUGGAGACAUGGAUGCCUUUAAGAGGCAACAGGCUAUGGCAGGCGGGAUGCCGCCUAAUCCUCAAGCGAUCCAGAUUGCAGGACAGAAGCCGAUCCAGCAUCAAUACGACCCAUCCAAAGGACCUCCAGUGCAGAAUGCAGCCAGCCUGCACACCCCUCCUCCCCAGCUGCCUGGCAGGUUGCCCCAUGGUGCUCUCCCUAUGGCAGGCAUGUCCAUGUCACUCUCUCAGCAGGCUCAGUUAUUAGAGAACACAGCUCAGUCCGGUGGCCAGCUCCAGGCACAGGUGAAGUUGCAGGCAGGUGUCCUGGCAGCAGUAAACCCUCACACACAGCUCCAAGCCCAACUGCAGCAGCAGAUGCAGCCGGGUCUUCAUCUCCAGCUGCAGCCCCAGCAGCAACAACCCUUACUGCAGGCAGGACAGGCGACGGUAGCACUUGCUCGCCCUGGUGCAGAAUCAAACCAGCCAGGUCAGAGGAUUAUGACCAACUCGAUAUCCAUGGCAUCCGUGUCUCCUGCUCCCCUUUCCGCUCCCAACUCUGUUCCAACACCCCAUACUGCAAGUCCGCUGCGCCCUUAUGGCUCUAACAUCAACCCGAGCACCCAGUCCAAACUUACUGGAACCAAUGGCAUUUCGGCUGUCAAAAUUGGUGGCUUUGGUCAAAGUGCGACCAUGCAGUCCUCACAGGAGGGUUCUCAAGAUAAGCAAGUUGAGCAGGCCAAACUGGAGAGUCAAGUGCAUCAGCGCAUCUCUGAUCUAAGGAAGGAGGGCCAGUGGUCCGCCAGUAGACUGCCCAAGCUGAUGGAAGCCUCCCGUCCAAAGUCCCACUGGGACUACCUCCUGGAGGAGAUGCAGUGGAUGGCCGCUGACUUUGCCCAGGAGAGGAGAUGGAAAGAGGCUGCUGCUAAGAAGCUUGUUCGCACGUGUGCCCGUCACCAUCAAGAGCAGAAGAAGAGUGAAGAGAGGUUGAAGAAAGAAAGGGAAGUUCAUCUUCGUCACAUUGCCAGCACGAUUGCCCGUGAGGUGGAAUUCUUCUGGGCGAACAUCGAGCAGGUUGUGGAAAUUAAACUCCAGUUUGAAAUUUACGAGAAGAAACUAAAAGCUCUCAGCUUACAAAAAGCAUCAGCCAAAGUACCGGGUCAGUCAACAGGAGUGAAAGCUGGAAAAGAGGAGGCGACGACUUCAGCUAAAAAAAGGAAAGCAAGUUCGUCCUUGGUUGAUGAAAACGUCCCAGAUGAAGAGAGCACGAUAGAGGAACAGGAGGCUAUGGAGGGGGAAGCAGACCACAAAGCAGAGUUGGUUGAGCUGGCCAAAAAUGCUGAGAUGCCUCUUGAUGCUUUGAAGAAGCAGUAUGCCGGCGCCUACGUUGAAGGCUUUGAGUGGCCUCAGCCUAGUCCUCACAGUGAUGAGGAGGAAAUGGAAGAGACUGAAGAAAAAGCGUGUCCUUUGGGCAGUCCACCUGAGGCAGUGUUGAUCGACUCACUGCUUAAUGUGGAGCAGUACCGAGGAGCUGAUAAGGCCUCUGACUCUGAGAGGAAGCCCGCCAGAGACAUAGCUGAAGUGGCUGCUGCCACAGAGCUCAUCCUGCCCAAGGGCAGCUUCAGGACCACUUCCACAACCCGCAGCCCAGCUCCUUUACUACUGCAUGGGUCGCUGCGAGAGUAUCAGCAGAUUGGUGUGGACUGGCUGGUAAACCUUCACAAGAAAAACCUCAAUGGCAUCCUUGCAGAUGAGACGGGCCUCGGCAAGACCGUACAGACGGUGGCUUACAUGGCUCAGUUAGCUGGCCAAGAAGGCAUCUGGGGUCCCCACCUUAUUGUAGUAAGGACAUGCAAGUUGUUAAAUUGGGAGGUGGAGUUCAAGCGCUGGUGUCCUGGCCUGAAGAUCCUCCUGUACCUCGGCAACAGAAGAGAGCGCAGAAACCAGAGAAUGUGGUGGGGGGAGGCCAACAGCUUCCAUGUAUGCGUGACAUCCUACAAACUGCUGAUGAAAGACCAGAGCCAUUUUCUGAGGAGAAAGUGGAGGCACCUGGUCCUGGACGAGGUGCAGCUGAUCAAAAGCAUGACGGAGAAACACUGGGAAACUAUCUUUGCUCUCCGAAGUGAGCAGAGGGUUCUCCUCAUCAACACUCCUCUCCAGAAUACUCUAAAGGAGCUGUGGACCAUGAUCCACUUCCUUUUGCCAGGAAUCACCAGGUCCUACUCUGACUUCCCUGUUAAGGCAGGCACAGACCAGAACCAGGACUACUGCCACAAGCUGGUCAUCCGCCUGCACAGGAUGAUCCAGCCCUUCAUCCUCCGGCGCUCCAAAAGAGACGUGGAGAAGCAGCUGCCUAAGAAGUACGAGCAUAUCCUGAAGUGCCGUCUCUCCACCAGACAGAAGAACCUUUACGAGGAUAUCCUCACGCAACCGGGAGCUCAGGAGGCUCUGAAGACGGGUCAUUUUGUCAGCGUGCUUCAGGUCUUGAUGCAGUUACAGCGAGUGUGUAACCACCCCGAGCUGGUGGCUCCCAGGGAGACCAGCAGCUCCUACUUCUGCUCCUCUCUGCAAUACAACGCCCCAUCACUGGUGCUGGGAGCUAUCAGGAACGACUCGAGCAAGAUUUCAAGCAUGUCCAUAUUUGAUCUGAUCAAUAAUGAGAACCGACUGACCCGGUAUCAGACUGAAGAGGCAGUUCCCAAACUGAAGAUCACUAAGCAGCUCAUCGAGGAGAUCAACACUGCUCCAGAACCAUCGCCACGACCAAAGCCAUGUCCGAUAAAACCCACGAGAUUGUUCCAGCAAGUGCAGUAUGGGACAAAGCCAGAAGGCCGCCUCGCUGCCGUCUCUGCUGUGGCAGGCCAGCGUCCUCCAACCAGCUCUCCCACUACUAGCACCUCUGUUUCCACCAACCAGUCAGCCCAGAACAGGGGCAAGUCCCCCGUCACCGCGGCAACUACCACAGCCACUACUCACGCGGUUGGAACAGCUUCUCAGAGAGCGCAGACCGCCCCUCCUGUCAGCAGCAGCACUGCAGCCUCCUCUGGGAACGCUGGCAUUGGGAAGCAUGUGUUGGGGGGGGGCUCUGUGGCCUUGGGCCAGACCUUAACUCCCAUCAGCCAGCCUGCAUUAGCACAGGUCCCCAGGCCAGCGCUAGCCCCCAGCCAUGCCAUCCAGCCCAGCUUACUGUCCCAGAGGCUGGUUCUUACAUCUCAGGCCCAGGCACGGUUGCCUAGUGGAGAUGUGGUGAAGAUUGCCCAGUUGGCCAACAUAGCAGGCAAUCAGAAUCGUAUCUCUCAGCCAGAGACUCCUGUCACGCUGCAGUUUCAGGGAAACAAGUUCACUCUGUCGCCCAGCCAGCUGCGCCAGCUCACCACCGGACAGCCCCUGCAGCUCCAAGGCAACAUCCUGCAGAUUGUGUCCGCUCCAGGGCAGCAGAUCAUCAGGCCCCAGGGAUCCAUGGUCAUGCAAACAAUGCAACAAACUGUCCCCGCCUCCAACGCCUCAGUUACACCUGGCACGCCUCAUCCUGCGCUGUCAACAGCCCAGCAAGGCGUAACUUCGAACGCCACGUCGUCACCUACCAAGCUCACAGCUGCAUCUCAUGCUGGUUCCCAGGAGUCUUCAGAAGAAAAGACUCAGCAGCUGAAGGAGCGUUUGAGCCGCCUGUUUGAGGCGAACGAGCGGCGCUGCAGCCGCAGAGUGGUGUACGGGUCAGACCUGCUGCAGGCCUGCACUUUAACCACAGAGCCAAGUCACUCCGCCCUGACGGCUGGGGGCUGGAGGUGGGUGGGCCGAGAGAGCUGCCUCAGGGCUCAGAGAACCUGCGUAGCUACUACCGCUGCCCUGCAGUCCGCUCUGCUCACUGUGGAGGAUCGCCUGCAGGCGGCCAACAGCCUCAUCAAGAGGCUGGUAUGUGUGGUGCCUCCAGCUGUAGCCCCGCCCCCUCACCUGUAUGCAGCCAAUCCCCCGGUUCCCUACAGCCUCCAGCAGAAGUCACUUCUCCGUCGGCUACAGGAGGCCGCCGCCCCCCACAGUGUUGACAUCCAUCACCAUGUGUCCAGGCCUCUCCUCUGUUGUGAUGACCUGCUGCUAAUGCAGAUGGACUCUGGUAAACUGGAAGCUCUUGCCAUUCUGCUGCAGAAGCUUCGGUCAGAAAGCCGCCGUGUCCUCAUCUUUACUCAGAUGGUGAAGAUGCUUGACAUCCUGGAGGCCUUCCUAGAUCACCGGCAGCUCACUUAUGUGCGGGUCGAUGAAAGCUUCAGUCCUGACGAACGACAGGAGAACAUAAGGAAGUUUAACCGGAACAGGAACGUGUUCUGCAGCAUCCUGACAAACCGCUGCUGCUCUGCUGUCGGGACUUUGUUUGAUGCAGACACCAUCAUCUUCUACGACACAGAUCUCAAUCCCAGCAUGGAUGCCCGCGCCCAGGAGUGGUGUGACAAAAUAGGACGUUCAAAGGAUAUACACAUUUACAGGUUGGAGAGUGGGAACUCCAUUGAAGAGAAGCUGCUGAAGAAUGGCACCAAGGACCUGAUCCGAGAGGUGGCUGCUCAGGGUACCGACUACACCUUGGCGUACCUCACACAACGGACCAUCCAGGAUCUGUUCGAGGUGGAGGCCGGCUCAGGGGAGAAGGUGGAGGAGUUUGUGGUUCUUCACCAGGAGCCGUCGGCCUCUGAGGCCAUCUCUCCCAGAGUGGCUAGACCAUACAUCCAGGCUCUGCACAGCAUCAACCUGGAUGCCCUGCCGGAGGAGGAGGAGCAGCAGCAUGAGGAAGAGUUAGCAGGCAAAGAGUCAAAGGACAACCAGGAGGAGGAGAGCAAAACUGACGAGGAGCCCGCUCAGCAAGAGGAGCUGAAUGCAGUCAUACAACAGCUCACACCAAUCGAAAGAUAUGCCCUGCAUUACCUGGAGUACCUGCAUGUCAGUGAUGACCAAACUGCUCUCAAGGAGAGGCUGGAGUGCUCCAAGAGAGGCUGGGAGCUGCAGCAGCUCCAGAAGCUGAAGGAGGAGGAGGAAGAGCGGCACUUCAUGGAGGGAGAUGAAGAUCUCUUCACCUACACAAGAGAGGAUGCCUACAACAUGGAGUAUGUGUUUGAUGCAGAGGACGGCCAUACAGAAAUCAUGCCGCUUUGGACUCCACCCACACCACCGUCGGAUGACAAUGACAUUUACAUCGACUCUGUGAUGAUGCUGAUGUAUGACACUGCACCCAUGCCGGAGUCCAAGCUGCCUCCUGUCUACGUCCGCAAGGAGCACAAGAGACUCAAGAUGGACCCCUCAGCAGCCAGAAAGAAGAAGAAGGGCCACGGGGAGACGGUCAUCCCCCCUCGCUCGCUUUUCGAGAAGGCCAGCAUGCUGAAAGUUCGCCGCGAGGGCAAAGACCAGAAAAAGAACUUCUCUCUCAAGCAGCAGGCUCCCUUUGCCAAGCCCCUGCCCUCGCUGGUUAAACCUGUCAUGGAGGCGGGUCAGGACAACCCGGAGUGGCUCAUCAGUGAGGACUGGGCUCUGCUUCAGGCUGUAAAGCAGCUUCUGGAGUUGCCUCUGAACCUGACAAUCGUGUCUCCUGCACACACUCCUAACUGGGACCUGGUGAGCGAUGUAGUUAACUCCUGCAGCCGCAUCUACCGCUCGCCCAAACAGUGUCGCAACCGCUACGAGAACGUCAUCAUUCCCAGAGAAGAGGGCAAGUUGGUGUAUGAGGCAAACCCCAAGAAAAAAACCAAGAGCAUAUACAAGUCUAAGAACAGCCGCCCUCUGAGGACCUGUCAGAUCUACACACAGGAUGACAACGCCACUCACAUUCAGCUCUACAACAGCCGCUUUGAACUCAUGAAGAUCAUCGCCAGCAAGAGGAGCCCACCAAUCAAACCACUGCUUGGCAUGAAUCCAUUCCAGAAAAAUCCCAAACAUGCCUCUGUUUUGGCAGAAAGUGGGAUCAGCUAUGACAAGCCCCUCCCUCCCAUUCAGGUGGCUUCUCAACGUGCUGAACGGAUCGCCAAGGAGAAAAAGGCCCUUGCAGAGCAGCAGAAGGCUCAGCAGUUGGCCCAGCAGCAGCAGGCAGGGGCCCCCGGGGCCCAGGUGGCCCCUGGCCAGGCGCUGACUCCUGCUGCCGGCCAGGCUCUGGUCCCUCAGGCUGCCACAGUGCCCGGAGCUGCUGCGGUGCCUAAUGCAGCUGUUCUGGCUGGAGCCAUAAAGAAUGCCACUGUGGGCACCACCAUCCAGGCUGCCACUGUAGGGGGGAAUGUGAUUGUGAACACAGUAGCUGGAGUUCCCCCAAGUCCUUUCCAGGCCAACAAACGGCUGGCAUCUCCCGUCAUAACAGGCACCCUCUCUCCUGCUGGUGCCGCUGGAGCCCAGGUGGUCCACGCUCAACAGAGAACCGUCACCGCUGCUGCAGCCCCUGCAGAGGUGGUUGCCAUAGCUACAGGUGUUCGAGCUGUUACCCCAGUUACGGCAUCAGCAGUAGUUACGACCACUCUGAGUCCGGUGCAGUCUCAGACGCGCCCUCUGGUCACUCAGGUCACACAAGCCGCAGGGAUGCAGUUGCAACAAGGGAAGCCUCUCACUCCAGCCCACCUGCAGAUGCUCCGACAGCAACAGCUGCAGCAGCACCAACAGCAGCAGGCUGCUUCCCCACAGAUCAAAGCUGUAGGCAAACCCCAGGAGUUGUUGAAGAUGCACAAGCAUAAGUUGCAGCUGCAGCAGCAGCAGCAACAGGUAGCUGCAGCUGUAGCAGCAGCGCAGGGCCAACAGGCUGCAGGGGCCCAGCAGGCCCCCCAGGGUCAGACUGCACAGACCACACAGGCCAAUCCCCAGCUGGCAGCAGUGGCAGCCCCCAGACCUGGAGCCGUGCUGACCGGUGCCACGGUGGCCAACCUGCAGGUGGCCAGGAUGGCUCGACUGCCCACUCAGACGGCUCAGGUGACCCUCACCAAGCCCCCAGUGGUCUCUGUGCCAGCGGUGGUCUCUUCAGCUGGCGUCACUACACUGCCAGUCACUGUAGCAGGUAUCAACGUGGCUAUUGGCCAGGCCCAGAAAACAGGGGGGCCUGUGCUGUCGCCGUCCUUCCCCCAGAUGCAGCUGCUCCAGGUAAAGCAGCAGCGGCAGCAGCAGCAGCAGCAGCAGCAGGCGGCCGCCGCAGCGCAGCAGAAGACCGGCCAGCCGCAGCUGGGACAGACCACCGUGCAGCAGAAGAUCGGCGGCCAGCAGGUCACAGUGCAGGCAGCCCAGCCGGCCCAGCAGUCGCAGCAGAAGGUGACGUACGCUACCACCACCCAACUGCAGUCAGGGAUCAAGACCCAGUUCUUCACUACAUCCAUCGCCCAGGCUCAGAAACCCACCGGAGCCCAGCAGAUCCAGGUGGCUAAGCUCCCACAAAUAGUGCAGCAGCAACCCACCGUGGCCAAUAUUCAACAAAUUGUGUCGUCUCCACAGCAGCUCCAGGCUCAGACGGUGACUCUGACCCAGGCGGCGGCGUCCUCUCCGGCCCAGGUGCAGAUGAUUCCUGCGGCGGCGCAGGCGGUCCAGCAGAAGCUCCUCCAGCAGCAGGUGGUGACCGCAGCCACCUCCCCCCAGAUCCAGACGCCCCCCCCCCCAAGCCCCGCCCAGCAGCCUGCCGACGCCCCGGUGCAGCCCGCUCAGCCCCAACAGCCCGCCAAGGGUCAAGCUCGCCAGGGGGGCAUCAGGGCCAAAACCCCCGCCAAGCCCAGCAGCUAGGAGACGCACUCUCAUGAAUCUGAUGUGUUUUCCUGCAGUACAGAUGUGAGGCGUUGUUAUGGAUCCCACAGCAGCUAAAGCCAGAGACAGACAUCACGUUGUUAAUCACACCCAACCUUUACCUCACUUCAACCAUAGACUUAACUGUUCCACAGCAUCAUUUCAGUGUUCAGACCUCCAGGAAGAUCAACCACAGCUUCUGGUGGGAUCCAUAUAGUUGCUGAGUCAACUUUUGUUACUGCUAUUCUUUAUCCGUGUCAUGCAAUGAGGAAACGUCUUUCCCCCUCAACAACUGCCCAACACAUGAAAGGACAGACACAGCAGUCCUGCCUUCAAAUGAUGAUUAUAUUAUUACUCAAGAGAAAUCUGAGGCCGAGGCUUGUGGGUAAUUCCUCGUUGAUAAUGAGCAUUAGAAUAAGUGUAUUCAUAAAUAGUCCCUUUUAUGUCUAAUUCCCUUGUUGUCUAUAGAAACUGAAUGGAGAAUAAUGCACGUUCCUUUAGUCAUUUGUUUUGUAUUGAAGCAAAUACACUGUAAACAUGUACUUUAGUAUGUUUGUGUUUUCUCAUAAAUUGUCUUUUUUUAUUGAUGUCAAGGAAAAAAAAAAUGUAAAUAUCAAUGAAAAACAUUUGUACUUGUAAAGUAGUCGUGUUUUCAUUGGGUUUUUUCAGCCUAAUUGUAAUAAAGUGUUUUGUUUUUAUAUACAAAUUCAUCUUUUUUCCUUUGAUUUAUUUUCAUUAAAUCCGUUGUAAGUA